AUGUACGCCUGCCAGAUCCUCUUCACAUUCCUCCCUCUGCUGCUCCUAAUAAUCUUCAACGGCCUCCUCAUCCGCACUGUCAUGCAGGCAACCAAGCUGAGGCACAUCCUGACCAACGUCAACACGACGAGCCUCAAUAAAGCCAACAUCAACGCAUCCAACAGCAAGACAACGAACGCCGAAACAUCUAUCUUCGGCCAGAAAACUUCGGCUGGAUGCAAGAACAAAAAUGUGAAAUUUUCUGAUAGCACCAACGACAGCAACACUCACAAAGAUGUGCACGACGAAGAUAUCUACAAAGACAAACUAUGUGUCGACAACGCCGAACAUAAUGAUAAGGAAACUAACGAUGACAUCAGAGAAAGCACCAACAACAAAAAUAAUAACACUUCUAUGUUUUUGCACCCUAAAAAACGGAAAAUAAUAUUCAGAAUAAAAAGAAAUGCAUCAUCCACGAUCGCCGACAAUAACGACGACGACAGAUGUACGUCGCAAUCCAUGCCAAUGAUCACAAUAACAAGUCAUUCUCCAAAUUCCACCGACAACAGAUUUGUCCAACCAAACCAACCACCACAACUCUCGUUGAAGCAACAUCCGCAACAGCACAGUCCCAACCAGCAUCAGCAGCAGCAACAUGCGACGCGAGACCAACAGAAGAUCACCAUCAUGCUCAUCAUCGUCGUCGUCGUAUUUCUCGUCUGCCAGUUGCCACAAGCCGUUCAGAAGCUCGUCGAAGUUUAUUUGGAGCCUAAACAUGACGGGGUGCGUUUAGAUUUUUUUUAA